AUGAAGAUUUGCACCGCCCUUGGGCUCGUCCUGUCUAUCACGCUUUCUGGUCUUGUUGCUGCAGAGAAACAGUAUGGAGUCCUUGGCUUCGGCAUUCCAAUGUAUGAUCCCUUAUGCUGUUAUUCUUGUCAUGCCGCGUUAUCUGCUCUUUAUCUGAACUGUACGACCUUCUCCGAGAACAUGGAUAUGGGCCACGCUGGUAUGAACAUGAAAUUGUUCAAGCGUAUGGAUAUGGGAGGCGCAUCCACAGCAACAACGAGUGAUGCUUGCUACGCUGGCGACAGGAUCUGGCUCGAAACGUUUUCCAACUGCGUCCACGACAAGUGCUCGAGGGAUGGUGUUGAUGAGGGUAAACAGAGUCAAUGCUUCUCCAAGCUGGCCGCGAAUGGACUACCUGUAUCGUCACUACAGGUCUGUUUGCCAUCGUCAGCUCCUGGUGUCGAGCUGGAUGCACAUGCUACAUGGUUGAACUCGACAAGUCGGGUCGACGAACAUGCUUACCUCGCCAAUUAUGUGACGAUGAAAGAGUUUGUAUCGGCUGAACACCGCCAUACUCGCUACGCACUUGUUAGCAUAAUUUUCGUCGUGGGCAUCUGUAUCAUUGCGGGAAUUGCGGGAAGCUGCAAAACACACAUCCCGUCAAGAUUCCUGUCUAACAGCUUGUCAUUGAGGUUGAAACAGCACUUGCUUGUACCUGCUGCAUUCAACGAUCGGCAUCUGUCGCCGCUGCCAUAUCGAAUCGGCUACCUACCCAAGCGUGGCAUCUCUCUAUUCAUCGCCGCAUACGUUAUCCUCAACAUCGUUUUCUCCGCCGUCUCCUUCCAUCAUGUCACACCGAAUGCCUGGUACGCUGACAGGCGUCACGAAAUCGCUGCUUACGUCUCAAACCGCACCGGUGUUCUCAGCUUCGCAAACCUUGCUCUGGCGAUACUACUCUCAGGUCGUAACAACUUGCUCAUAUACAUCACUGGUUGGAGUCAGAGUACAAUGAUAGCCAUCCACCGCUGGGCGUCCCGAGUUGCCACCGUCCAGGCCGUCGUGCACUCCAUCAUAUACACCAUCACAUACUUCUGGACCGGUGGAUACGCUGCGUACAGAACCGAAGCAGCCAUGGCUUACUACUGGUGGGGUAUCAUUGCUACUGUCGUGUUAUGCCUUUCGGUAGGCCUCGCAGUCCUUCCCAUCCGCAUUCGGUCCUAUGAAAUCUUUCUUGUCAUACACAUAGCUUCCGCUAUCCUCGCACUGGUGGGCUGUUGGUAUCAUAUCGAUCUGCGCUUCGGCGACAAAUGGGGCUACAAGGUCUGGCUGUACAUUGCGUUCGCUUUCUGGGCCUUUGACCGGCUGAUGCGUUUCAUCCGUCUGGUCUACUUCAAUUGUCUCGGCAGUCCUAUUGCAGUGGUCAAGCAGGUCCCGCACACAAAUACCAUACAGAUGACUAUCACGCUGAAGAAAGCCUGGAAUGUCAAACCUGGUCAACACUCGUUCCUCUACAUACCUCUACUCGGGAAGCCCUGGGAAAAUCAUCCGUUCACCAUCGCAUCUUGGAGCUCGCCCAAAUCCAGUCGUAACACACCAGCACUCGUGAAUUGGCCAGGUGACAAGGAAGCGGACGUCCACGGCAUUGAAAUCAGUAGCUCUUCCAGCUCGCAACACAGCCACGAGUCGCACCAACACUAUCAGCUUGUAUGCCUCAUGCGUGCCAGAAAAGGCAUGACUGCAUCGCUCCUUUCGAAGCUGCAACGAUCAGGAGCAAACUCGUUGCCUAUAUCCAUCCUUACCGAAGGACUUUACGGCGGACACAAGGCAACAUUGCAACCGUUGAAAACAGCAGACACCAUUAUUUGCAUCGCCGGCGGUAUUGGAAUCACUAGCUGUAUGAGUUUCCUACAGCAAUAUUUCAACGAGUCGCAAUCAGUAGAACCUACUUCGAAAGCCUUCAUGGGUUGUGCAAGCAAUUUUGUGCUCGCUUGGUCGGCGAGAGAGGAAGCUUUGAUACGACACAUCUCUACCUCCCUUUUGCCUGACGCUUCUGUAGGAUUCCCGAACAAGCAAAUUGAAUACCGGUUCUGGUGUACUGGAGAAAACAGUAGUCAAGACACGGGACUGGAGCAAGGCACUGAUAUGCAAAGGGGCAGGAUGAAUGUUAGAGAAGUUGUGAGGUCGGUGGCGGAGAAGGGAAGAAGAGUUGUGGUAGUGGCUUGUGCACCUGGUGGAAUGUCUGAUGAAGUGAGGAAGACUGUGGUCGGCUGUUUGAGAGACGGCAUGCCGGUUGACUUGAUCGAAGAGGCUUUUGCAUGGUAA